GGGCUUGUGGAUUUAAAUUGGACGACUUGGAUUCAAGCUUGUCAGAAGAGAAAACAUUUUCUCGCGUGAAAAAAUGCUUUGCCAUCUUUUUGUGGUUUUGCUGUCCCUCGAGAUUGUGAGCAGCCAAGUGACCGUGCAGUGGGCUGCGAACAGUACCGAGCCUGAUGCCGUUCAAGCCCGACAGCAGGAGAUCAUCGAAGUCACGAAGAAGCUGCUGACAGCCAUCACCUUCAGCGACUACGACGCGUACAAGAAAAUGUGCGAUCCGGGACUCACCAGCUUCGAGUCCGAAGGCCUGGGCGUCUUAGUGGAGAGCAUGGAGUUCCAUGAAUACUUCUUCCAAAACGUGGCGCCCAGAGGCGUCCCUCACACGCUGAUAGUGGAGCCCCGCGUGCACCUGCUGGGAGACGACGCCGCCUGCAUCGCGUACGUCCGCCUCACCCAGAACAUCAACAACGACAUGCGGGCACUCGUGGCCAAGGCGGAGGAGACGCGCGUGUGGCACCGACGCAACGGCACCUGGCUCAACGUCCACUUUCAUCGCUCCGGAUCCACCACGCUGCACACAAACUAACAGCAGCAAGGAGAAAAAGCUGAUUUCUUAUUGGUUAUUAUUCCGUCGGAACACCACCAAGUUAUGGUACCUUAAAGAACUUUCAAAUAAAACUGAAGCAUCCCAAAAAAAAUUA